GAGUUUGGCUGUCUGAGCGCUCAGUGCAACACUUCAUCUUCACCAAGAGCACAAGAAGUUUCAAGUUGACAAGGCACACCUUUAUUUUAUUUCCUUGGUGUUAUUGUUAAGGAAAAACAAAGCUGAGGAUGAAACUGUUUCUGUUCUUCGUUAUCACCUGCUUCGCCUUACAUAACUCAAAGGGAGCACCCAGUACUGCUGAGUAUAAGUUUGUGAAAUGUAACCCAGAGGGCGACAAGGCCAACUGUGUGACCCAAAAAAGUCCAAUAAUGGCAUGGACUCCAGACUUACCAGCCAAGCUACCUGCUUUAACUGCACAGUACCUAGAGGCCGAGCCUGAGGAUGAUGAGAGUCAACCAAGGGAAGAGGCAGUGGAAUCAGAGAUGGAUGAGGAGGAAAAUCAGAUGGAGAGUGAAGAGGGGGAGUCCCCUCCAGAGACUGAGGAUGGAUCUGGAGGUGGAGGUUAUGAAGGAUCUGGAGUUUAUGAAGGAUCUGGAGCUUAUGAAGGAUCUGGAGGUUCUGAAGGAUCUGGAGGUUAUGAAGGCUCUGCAGGUGUAUUCAUGGCAGACCGAGCUUUCGGUGAGACAGGCUCUGGCGAGUCCUGGGCAGAGAAAGACGAUGGUGACAUGAGGGCCAUGAGGCGGUUGUUCCCAAGCUGGUCUUACGCUUCUGAGGCAAAACCAGCAGAGCAGGAGAUGAAAGAAGACCACUUUCUGCAGCUGUAGACUGUGUACACCCACCCACUCUAAGAAACAUAUACCAGGCUAGCAUCUGUUUUAUUUCCACGUUGUUGAUUCAAAAAGUAAAACUAAUGUUUAUCACCACCUGGUGGUGUAAAAACAUGGUUGCUCAAAGAUUGACAAAGUCUAAUAUAUAUAUUUUUAUAUUCUCAGUGUUAUUGAUGGGUCUUCAGGGGAAAUUGUAAAAGAAUGGUCUGCAUAAAUGAGAAAUUUACACACUUUAAUUUAGAUUGUUGGCUGUAUUUGCGCUUUUUUGUGGAAACAAUGUGUAAGUUGGAAUGUGCUUUUUACUAUAAAAUUUUAAAUUUGUAAUACCAGUUCAAUAAGAUUACGCCUUUGUCCAUGCAUUGCUUACACUGUGCAGCUGUGGUUCCAACCAUUUUUUGGAACUAUGAGGCAUGUGUUCCUUUAUAACACACAAAAAGAUUUAUUUAUGUAAUUUGAUCCCUUUGUCAUUUGCAUUUGAAAUAACAUAAAGUAUUUAUAACAACAGUUUCUGUUAACUGUUUAAUAAAGUAACUCCACAGUCA